AUGGCUUCUCCAUUGAAGAAGCUAACCUCAAGCUUUCUUCUUAUCUUAUCCUUUUUCAUCGUCGCUUUUGCCUCGUCAGAAUCUCGUUGUCGGCGUUAUAAGUCUAUCAUCAGCUUCGGUGAUUCCAUCGCCGACACCGGAAACUAUCUCCGUCUCUCCGGCACCAAUCAUCUUCCUCAAGCCGCAUUUCUCCCCUAUGGCGAAACCUUCUUCCACCCUCCCUCCGGCCGUUACUCCGACGGCCGCCUCAUCAUCGAUUUCAUUGCCGAAUUCUUGGGACUACCAUACAUUCCGCCGUACUUUGGAUCUCAAAACGUGAGCUUCGAUCAAGGGAUCAAUUUCGCCGUGUAUGGAGCAACCGCAUUGGACCGGACGUUUCUUGUGGAAAGAGGAAUUGAAUCUGAUUUCACCAAUGUUAGUUUGAGUGUUCAGCUUAACAUGUUCAAGCAGAUUUUACCAAACCUCUGCGCCUCGUCUUCUCAUGAUUGCAGAGAGAUGCUUGGUGAGUCGCUGAUACUCAUGGGAGAGAUUGGAGGGAAUGACUAUAAUUAUCCUUUCUUCGAAGGCAAAAGUAUCAACGAAGUCAAAGAGCUAACUCCUCUUAUAAUCAAAGCUAUUUCUUCUGCAAUUGUGGAUUUGAUCGAUUUAGGUGGCAAGACAUUUCUGGUACCCGGAAACUUCCCAAUAGGAUGUUCCACGGCGUAUCUUACUCUAUUUCAUACCGUGGAAGAAGAAGAACUCGACCCUUUCACAGGUUGUCUCUCAUGGCUCAACAAAUUUGCCUCUAACCACGAUGAACAGCUCAAGGCAGAAAUCAAACGACUCCAAAAACUCUACCCUCACGUCAACAUUAUUUUCGCUGACUACUACAACUCCUUAUACAGAUUUUUCCAAGAUCCAGCCAGAUACGGGUAUAAGAAGAGACCUUUGGCUGCUUGUUGUGGAAUCGGAGGUAAAUACAACUUCACUAUUAACCAAGAGUGUGGUAACAGAGGAGUUAGCUCUUGUCAAAAUCCUAGUGAGUAUGUGAAUUGGGACGGUUAUCAUUUAACCGAAGCAACAUACCGGAAGAUGGCUCAGGGUUUACUCAACGGUCCUUAUUCAGCUCCUGCAUUUGACUGGUCCUGCCUUGGCUCUGGAUCUGUGGAUAAAGAAUAUUCUUUCAGCAGUUAA